GCGUCACAAAUCGCGUCGUCAUCACGUCACAUUUUUGUCCCAGCGCUCUACAGCUGGCAAAACAAUUCACACAAACCAUUUUUAAUAUCAAACUAAAAUGAGCACCAGAACCAAACUAUAGAUCGUAGCGUUUUAAUGUUCUAGCAGCUAAAGUUUCUGCUUAUAUUCUUGAUAGUGCAAAACAAUGUCGGCAUCACAAGGAAGCAAAAACACGAAUACGGAACCAUGGGGUGGUUUUGAUGACAACAUUAUCCAGGGCAGCGGCUCGGCUGUGGUGGACAUGGAGAAUAUGGACGACACCUCGGGCUCCAGCUUCGAGGAUAUGGGGGAGAUGCAUCAGCGCAUGAAGGAGGAGGAGGAGGUGACGGAAGAGGCAGCCGCUACGGACGAGGACAACGGAGAAUAUGGAGAGUUCCUCGGGAUGAAGGGCUUGAAGGGACAGUUGGGCAGACAGGUUGCUGAUGAGGUAUGGCAAGCAGGAAAGCGACAGGCCUCAAAAGCUUUUAAUCUGUACGCCAAUAUUGACAUUCUCCGGCCGUACUUUGAUGUGGAACCCAUUCAAGUCAGAAACAGGUUGGUGGAAUCCCUGAUCCCAGUCCGAAUGAUCAACUUUCCACAGAAAGUUGCAGGAGAACUGUAUGGACCAAUGAUGCUGGUGUUCUCACUGGUGGCUAUUCUGCUCCAUGGCAUGAAGACAUCAGGAACCGUCAUCAGAGAGGGAACGCUGAUGGGCACUGCCAUUGGAACCUGUUUUGGAUACUGGCUAGGAGUGUCUUCCUUCAUCUAUUUCCUUGCUUACCUGUGCAACGCUCAGAUCACCAUGCUGCAGAUGUUGUCUUUGCUAGGUUAUGGUCUCUUUGGCCACUGUGUGGUCCUUUUCAUCACGUACAAUGUCCACUUCCACUCGCUCUUCUACAUUCUCUGGCUGGUGAUUGGAGGGCUCUCUACUCUACGCAUGGUGGCUGUGCUCAUCUCUCGAGCUGUUGGUCAGACUCCUCGCCUCAUACUGUGUGGCACACUGGCUGCUCUUCACAUGCUCUUUCUGCUCUACCUGCACUUUGCUUACCAUAAGAUGGUUGAAGGUAUUCUGGAUACUUUGGAAGGACCCAAUAUUCCACCCAUCCAGAGAGUGGCCAGAGAUGUUCCUGUUGUUGCAAAUGCUGUUGUGAAUGCAACCAUCAAUUCAAUAGCUGCAAUUGUACAGUCACAGUGAUCAUAUUGGGCUUCUGGGUUGGUCUCGCAGGCCAGUGAGACUGGUGUAUAUAUAUAUAUAGGGUCAGAGCAAAACCAAAUCAUGAGGCAGUCUCCAUUGAGCUCAGUUUGUAUCUCGUAUAUUGUUCCUGACGCUGUCAAACGGACCUAAACGGAUGCUUUUAGGUCAAAAUGGCUUCACUUCAUUUUGGCUCAUUAAUAUGAGACAAUAAUUUUGGCACACUAUCCCAUUCACUCUAUGCUUGUCUUAACCAUUUCUGUUGCUAAAAGUUACAGUACCUAUGACCUGCUAAUGAUAGAAUGGUUUGGUUUAUUACAGUUAUGUGUGGAUUCCUUAAGGAUGCUGAUACUAAUAACUGAAAUUAUUCUUCAAAAUGUUUUGUAAAACCCAGCUGGAUGUUUGUGCUGUUUGAGAGUCCAUUGAUCCG